AUGUUUAUAACUUUGCUUUUAUUAAAUACAAAAUUUUUAUUAAAGGAUGAAAGCCCACUCAAAACCGAUAACAGAAUUAAAUUAUCAACAGAAAAGGACAGUAGUGAACCAGAUGGGACAAUUUUGUUGUUGGAAAUAAAUGAUCCAACAAAAGAAGAUCAAGCAAAGUACAAAUGUGUUGUGAAAAAUGGUGAAGGACGUAAUGAACAAUCGUUGAAUUUAGUUUUUGAUUAA